AUGAAAGGCAAUUUUCAGUUGAGUUCGAAGACGAUGAGCGACUCGUCGCUGUUGGCCUCCUGGUCUCAUUCUCCUGCCUGCUAUCAUGAACCUCGUAUCCAUGACCACACUUUGUAUUUUGAGUUAAGAAAGCUGAAUAUUUACAUUCUAUUGCCAGUAGCAGCUCUGGGUAUCAUCUUCAACGCAAGCGCACUGAUAUUUUUAUAUCGGCCGCCUAAGAUCUCUUCUGGAGUGUUUGUAUAUCUCAAGGCGCUGCUAAUUUUGGAUCAUGCUCAACUUCUGAUGACUGCCGCUACCAUUGCUGUUCCACAGUUUUGUGAUCUACACCAUUCUAGUAAUCAUACGCUUUACGGCUUUUGUAUGUUUGAGAGACGGUUCUUGAAGCACACUAUGCCAAGGAUCGAAGCAACUGUAAAUACAAUGCAUGUAUGGACUAUUGCUGCCCUUUCUGCUCAUCGCUAUUGGAAGAUCUCUCGGCCAAUGGCGUCGCGCAUGAGCGAUACAGUCGCUCGAGCUCACUGUAUGUUGUUAUCAGUAUUUUUGAUGGCACUUUUAUUUCGACUUCCUACAUUUCUGAUUGAGCUGCAAAUGCGAUGGAUGCCUAUUGCCCUGAUAACGAAGAGAAUCGCUGCUACAGAG